CACUGCUUACCAGUAUCUGUUUCCUUAGGACUUGGGGAAUGUACAGUGACCUUCAGCUAGGAUUUUAUGACUGAUGUUCUUUAAAUACAAAAGGCAACAGAUCCACUGACUUCAGGAGAUGAGGCUCCCCCGAACCCUUCUUCUCACCUUGCUGUUCCUGGGCUGCCUGGAAUGUGCUGCCGGCAGGAAAGGCAAAGAGAACAGUGAAAAAGCCAAGCCGUCCUCUCCCUGGGCACAGAACGGACAGUUCUCCACUCGUGACAAACAUCUGUGCAGCUGGCAGCUGAUCACAGGGGAAGAAGUCACUGAGAUCCACCUUAGCUGCCACCAGCUGGGAGAGGACAGUGGCCCGGGGCAGCAAUGCAUCUACCGGGGCCAGCCAGAAUUGUGUGCUGCCUACAGCUCCAAAGGCCGUCAGUUUUGGAAGCAGAUCCUGGGCAAGCUCCGCAGAAAGCACCACCCCUGCCAGGACAGCAGCCCACUCAAAUCCCGGCUUUGUAGUAGCAAGAAAGGGGCAUCAGAGGCAGAGCUGCACCUAGUACCCCCGACUCUGACCACAGCAGUCCCGCUGGCUGACAGCACUGCUAAAGGCAGAUCCAAGGGAAAGGCCCGUGCUAAGGACUUGCCAGUACCACAGAAACCACCUCAGACAUCCCGGGCUAGGGUGGUCACUAGCUCAGGAAAGGCAGACGCCCAGGACAAGCGCAGCAAAGGGGGAAAGAAGGUCACUCCCGGCCCCUCAGUGGCUCCAACCCACCCAUCCAGCAGGGGGGGUACAGCAGGCGUGGAACGCAGUAUAUGGCCCACAAAGGUCGACGUGGCAGCAAUUUACUGCGAAGAGAAGUGGUACGCAAUGUGUGCCUUCUUUGUGAAUUUUUGGAACGGCUGA